GGGAGACCAGAUAUAGUGAAUGCAGGGUCCGGGGAGUGGAGUGGAUAUAGUGAAUGCAGGGUCCGCGGAGACCGGAUAUAGUGAAUGCAGUGUACAGGGAGAGUGGGAUAUAAUGAAUGCAGGGUGCCGGGGAGACAGAGCGGAUAUAGUGAAUGCAGAGUCUGGGGAGACCGGAUAUAGUGAAUGCAGGGUCCGGGGAGACCGGUGAUAUAGUGGUGAUGCAGGGUCCGGGGAGACCGGAUAUAGUGAAUGCAGGGUCCUGGGAGACCGGAUAUAGUGAAUGCAGGGUCCCGGGGAGACCAGAUAUAGUGAAUGCAGGGUCCGGGGAGACCAGAUAUAGUGAAUGCAGGGUCCGGGGAGACCAGAUGGAUAGUGAAUGCAGGGUCCGGGGACCAGAUAUAGUGAAUGCAGGGUCCUGGGUUUAGUAACACUUUAAGUUAGUACAGGGGCUGUUGGGUGCUUAGUAUAGGAGAUGAAUGAGACCUCGUGGAUUUGUAUGGGGCUGGACACAGGGUAAGG